UUGACAGCCUCGCUGCUGCUCCUGCUGCUGCUUCUGUUACUGCGGCUGUAGGGUCUGUCAUGAGUUGAAAGGGAUGUGAGGGUUUAGAGGAACUGCCGCUCUGAAGACUGAGCCUCUGCGAAGUGAUCUCCCUGCCAGACAGACUAGGCAAGAUUUUCUGCAGGACUGGAAACUUGGACCUAUUACCCCUUCGUCUACUCUGAGAAGCAGGCAUCGUGACAGAGGGAAAAGGGGAAAGAACUACUUCAGUCAAGGUGGAGGCUGGAGAGAUGUUUUAAAGAGUCCCUGUGUCCGAGAAACUUCAAGCCACUGAAGAUGGAGAACGAAACACUCAGUGAAGUGAACCAGACCGAGCUCCCGCCACAAGCAGCAGUGACGCUCGAGUACCAGGUGGUCACUAUCUUACUUGUGCUUAUUAUUUGUGGACUGGGCAUUGUGGGCAACAUCAUGGUAGUCCUGGUGGUCAUGAGAACCAAGCACAUGAGAACCCCCACAAACUGCUACCUGGUGAGUCUGGCUGUGGCAGACCUCAUGGUCCUGGUAGCUGCAGGCCUCCCCAAUAUAACCGACAGCAUCUACGGUUCCUGGGUCUACGGCUAUGCUGGUUGCCUCUGUAUUACUUAUCUCCAGUACUUAGGAAUUAAUGCAUCCUCAUGUUCAAUAACAGCCUUUACCAUUGAGAGGUACAUAGCAAUCUGCCACCCCAUCAAAGCCCAGUUUCUCUGCACAUUUUCCAGAGCCAAAAAGAUCAUUAUCUUUGUCUGGGCCUUCACAUCCGUUUACUGUAUGCUCUGGUUCUUCCUGCUGGAUCUCAAUAUUAGCACCUACAAAGAUGCUAUUGUGGUAUCCUGUGGCUACAAGAUCUCCAGGAAUUACUACUCACCUAUUUACCUAAUGGACUUCGGUGUCUUCUAUGUUGUACCAAUGAUCCUGGCCACUGUACUCUAUGGAUUUAUAGCUAGAAUCCUCUUCUUAAACCCCAUUCCAUCAGACCCUAAGGAGAACUCUAAGAUGUGGAAAAACGACUCAACCCACCAGAACAAGAAUUUGAAUUUAAAUGCCACUAACAGAUGUUUCAACAGCACUGUAUCUUCCAGGAAGCAGGUCACCAAGAUGCUGGCAGUGGUUGUAAUUCUGUUUGCCCUUUUAUGGAUGCCCUACAGGACUCUCGUGGUUGUCAACUCAUUUCUCUCCAGCCCUUUCCAAGAAAAUUGGUUCCUGCUCUUUUGCAGAAUUUGCAUUUAUCUCAACAGUGCCAUCAACCCCGUGAUUUACAACCUCAUGUCUCAGAAAUUCCGUGCAGCCUUCAGAAAGCUGUGCAAUUGCAAGCAGAAGCCCACAGAGAAACCUGCCAACUACAGUGUGGCUCUAAAUUACAGCGUCAUCAAGGAGUCGGACCGGUUCAGCACAGAGCUGGAUGACAUCACCGUCACUGACACUUACGUGUCAACCACCAAGGUGUCCUUUGACGACACCUGCUUGGCUUCUGAGAAGAAUGGACCCCAGUCUUGUUCAUAUGACUGUUCUUUGACUGCCAAACAGGAGAAAAUAUGACCUUCUUCAAGAACAUCUUGGAUUGGUAUUAAUACAAGUGAAAUAUUUCCAGAAAAGAAACAAGUACAAUAUGACUCAGAAUAAGGUGGUCCCAACUGACCAAAAGCCUUCAUUCAGAAGUCAGUAAGGACAUCAUGAUACCAAUGGUACAGGAUGGCACAGUAAGGAAGCGAACAUUUAAUCCCUAGCCAUGAUUAGAAGCCACUCCUGUUUUAUAUACAUAAAAAUAACUGAAGAGUGUAUCUUAAUAUGUGCUUUGUUUGUCUCUGUUUUGAGAAAUUAUCAUUUCCUGGGUGACUCUGAGCACAGCCUGAACACCACUUUGCUCCGAGCCUCCACAUAUAUCCUUCAAGAAUCUUCAAUACUGAAUAACUUUGAAUAAGCAAAUAAACAGAAAAUGCCAUUAGGACAAGUUCAUUUCAUCUUUGUACCCCACAAAUUAAACUCAGAUGAUGACUUUGAUGAUGACUUUCUGUUAAAUGAAUGAAUAAGUAAAUCAAUGAAUCUCCAACUAAGAAAUAAGACCUAAAAUCUUCAUGAUGCCUGAUUUUCCCAUAGAUUUAUCUUUACAAUUAUUUAACUUGUUUACUGUUUGUUUUUGUUGUGUUAAGCCAUUGUCCUAGCUUAUUAAAAUGUACUACAAUUGUUUUGGAUGAUGGUGACAACCAUCCCUUGUGUAUAUAUUGUAAGCGCAAACUUCAAUAGUACCCUCAUAUCUCUCAUCGAAUUUAAUACUGAUGAAGAUUAAUACAUUGUAUGGUCAGAGAGUGAAAACAUAUUAUCCCUGAAAUGUGAAUAAAAUGAACAAAAUAUGUAGAGUACAUAGUAGAAAGACAAGUUAUAUGGUUUCAGACUACAAACAUAAGAAUUCCUCCUGGGAAAAAGAAUAUCAGUGAGUUCCAGAAUCAUUAGAAGGACUUUAUAAAGAAUCUUGGAUUUCUUUUAAGGGUAGACUUAGUUUAGAUAGUUAAGAAAAGACAAUCCAUAUAAGAGAAUGGAGAUGAAUAAGCUCAAGAUAAAAAGAAUCAACUCUGGAUAUUAAGGCUGUGUUUUGAAUAAGUUCAGGGUAAAAAGAAUCAACUCUAGAUAUUAAGGAUAUAUUUCCAGUGCAGCAUGAUUCAUCAGGGAUUAGUUUAAGCAAGCAACUAGUAAAAAGGAAAGGAAGAGAAAUAAAGUACUUUCUGAUGCUUAUAUUUGAUGAGAAAUAUUCACCCAGACACAGUAGGUAGAUGUGUAUAUAAGUAAGCUACUGUGUAUUUCCUAAACCUUAUGAAUUUCAUUACUAUCUACAGAAAAUAUAGUAUACUAUUUGUCUUCUAUGUGUUAUAAUUCUGAAAGUAUUCUUAAAGUCAUAAUUUUCCAAGUAAAAACUAUAUUGUAUAUGUGUAUAUCUUUUCUAUAGCACAUUGUCAUCAUAUAUGGGGAAAUAUUUAUUUCUGUAUAUAUGAUUCAGAGUUCCUUAACAGCCAUGCAGUUAUCCAGUUAUGCUAAACAGAGAUCAAAGCUAGUUCAUAGGCGCUUCAUGAACCUGAGCACCCAUAUUAAAUGUGAAACUGAAAAGCAGUGAAUAGUUUUCUAACCCCCAUGACCUGCCGACUUGCAAGUUGCUGACAUCAUGCUGCUGAUUGCUUUGGUUUCCUUUAACCAGCUGUAGAGAGCUGUAUGCUGACUCAUCUCAUUGCUUGGAAGUUAACCGUCGUGUUCAUGUGGAUGAAGAUUCUUCUCUAAGAUAGUGCAGUAUUAUGUGUCCUCUCUACAGUGGGAAACUGUUUGUGUAUAUGUAUUGUGAGAAAUAAAGUGUCA